GAUAUUAUUUCCUACGUGGUCCUAAGAAAUGUCACAAAAUGUAUACAAUGGAAAUAACAUCAAUUACAUAGAUAUUUUUACUGUUGAAAAUAUCGGAUAAAAUUUUUUAACAUAUGUGGAAAUUUACUUAAUAAUAUUCAAUGAACAUCAUUUUAUAUUCGAUACUUCGAAAUUGUUAUAUGUGAUAUUUAUAUUUGGCUGAUAAAUUAAUCGUCUAUUUAUUGUCUAAUUACGCUUAAAUAAUGAGUGUCGAUAGUGAAAAUAAAUCAAAUGAAGCUAUUGUUUCAUUUACACCGUCGACAGAUCAGGAAAAUGCCGAUAAUGGAAAUAUUGAAGAAACUCUAAUAACCCCAGAAAUGGUGCUACAUUUGCCUACAAUUACUGAUAAAUAUUUAUGCUCUCCCGAAGCAAAUAUUUAUGAUAUAGAUUUUACACGAUUCCAAAUUAGGGAUUUAGAAACAGGAGCAAUAUUAUUUGAAAUUACAAAACCGCCAGCUACUGAAUCUGAUCUUAAUCAAGAUAUUGAACCAGAUUGUGAAGAAUCUGGUUGUGAAGAUGCUAACACUGGUCGCUUUGUACGUUAUCAAUUUACACCUCAAUUUCUUAAACUGAAGACUGUUGGAGCUACGAUUGAAUUUCUUGUCGGUUCUAAGCCAGUGAAUAACUUUCGUAUGAUUGAACGUCACUUUUUCCGGGAUAGAUUGUUAAAAACUUUUGACUUUCAGUUUGGAUUUUGUAUACCGAAUAGUAAGAAUACUUGCGAACAUAUUUAUGAAUUUCCGACCUUGCCUGCUGAUUUGGGUCUCACAUUUGAAAUAGCAGAAGGUGGAUUUUUAGAUAUAGAUGUAAAAAUAAUUGGACCCGAUGGAAAAAUAAUUUAUCAAGGUGAUCAAGAAAGCAGUGGUAAAUAUACAUUCGCUGCGCAUCUUCCUGGUGUUUAUACAUAUUGUUUUGGUAAUCAAAAAAGCAGUAUGACACCGAAAGUUGUUAUGUUCAAUAUGGACAUUGGUGAGAAUCAAAAGCCUAUGGAACAAACAUCAGAUGGCAUAGGUGGAGAGGAUGCAAAUCAUAAUAAAAUAGACGAUAUGAUUAAAGAAUUAAGUACGAGUUUAUGGGGAGUGAAGAACGAACAAGAAUAUAUGCAUGUACGUGAUAGAAAUCAUAGAGCAAUCAGUGAAAGCACAAAUUUCCGUGUAGUAAUGUGGGCGUGCUUUGAAGCUAUGAUUUUGGUUUGUAUGACAAUAGGACAAAUUUUCUACUUAAAAAGAUUCUUUGAAGUCAGAAGAGUUGUCUAAUGUAAGGUAUAGAAUAAAGUCAUACAUUCAUUGUACAUUUUUUUAUGUGAUUAAGUUAUAAUAGAAUUAAACAAUUGAAACACUUUACAGUUAUUGUUUUCUCUCAAAUUCAAAACACAAACAAAAAUCUCAAACGCGUUUUAACAUUGUUAAUAACGAAACAAACAUUUCAUAAAUUAAUAGAUUUUUUAAGAACAAAAUAAUGUAAUAUUUAAGUGCAAGAUUUACUUAAACAGUAAAUUUGUUGAAAUAAACAGAAUUUCUUUUGUAUGAGUAGAGCUCAAAGUUUAAUGAACAUCUAACUUGUAACCUAAGCAUGUAUACUUGUAUACCAUUCAUCGAUAUACAGAGUGAUUAUUUUUAU